AUGAGAACUUCCACAUUCUCUCUCACAUCCCUCCCUCUCUUCCUAUUCUUCUUCUUUUUCUUCACCUUGAAAGCCAUAACUGCCAAAAACCUCAUCCCUGAAACCUGCAAAAAAUGUGUUCAACAUGAUCCAAACCUAAGCUACAAAUUCUGCGUAACUUCCCUCCAAGCCGCCCCGAAUAGCAGCAGCGCCGAUGUUCGCCAACUUGGCAUAAUCUCCCUGAACUUAAUCCGCCAAAACAUGACCAGCACAAGGCAAUACAUCAAACACCUUCUGAAGAACAAGAAACUGGAGAAAUUAUUAAGGGUCUAUUUGGAAGUCUGCUUGGAGCUUUAUUCAGACGCCACACCAGACAUCAAGCAAGCUCUCAGAUCUUACAAGGCUAAGCAGUAUCGAGAUGCCAAUAUACGAGUGACUGCAGUGUGUGAUGCCCCUGUAACUUGUGAAGAUGGUUUCCAUGAAAGAGAAGGGUUGGUUUCGCCAUUGACGAAGAGAAACAACGAUGCUUUUCAGCUUUCUGCCAUAGCUCUUUCUAUUAUCCACCUGCUUGGUUCAUUAGGAUUUAAAUUAAUAUAA